AUGCCAGGUCGUCUCACAGAACCCAACUUCAAACAUAUUACAGUCAAAGAGCUCCACCCGACAUUCGUUGCCGAGAUCCAAGGAGUUGAUUUCUCAAAACCGGUUGAACCGGAUGUAUUUUCUGAAAUCAAAGCUGCACUGGCAAAAUACGGCGUCUGUGUCUUCCGCUCGACAGGCCUAGAUGACACCCGGCACGUCGAGUUCUCACGUCUCUUUGGCGACCUAGAUGAUAUCAAACCGUACUUGACCGGUGGACGAAAACCCAAGUUUCUAUACCUGGAGCUGUUUGAUGCGGGGAAUAUUGAUGAUGCUGGGGAGGUGGUGAAGCUUGAUAGCCAGAGAGCUCACUAUAACAAGGGAAACACCCUCUGGCAUAUCGACUCCUCUUUCAAUCCCCGGCGCGCAUCCUACUCUCUCCUCCUGGCACAUACCAUUCCCCCACCAGGAACUGGCGGCUCAACCUUCUUCGCCGACACUCGCCACGCCUAUGCCACUCUUCCAAAUCCACUCAAAGGCCAACUCCAAGCCAAAAACUACACCGCUGCUCACUCCCUCUUCCACUCCCGCAAGACCGGCUCCCCAGUCUACUUCGCUGAUCUGGACCCCACAGCGCAUAAAAUGGCAUUACACAAGAUGCUGCAAAGACACGAGCCGAGUGGGAGGAUGAAUUUGUACGUCGGCGCACAUGCACAUCAUAUUGUUGGAGUUGGUAAGGAUGAGAGUAAAGAUAUCUUGCAGCGGUGCAUGGAGUGGGCGACUAGAGAGGAGGGAGUGUGUGAGGUGCAGUGGGAGGCGGAAGGCGAUUUGGUGAUUUGGGAUAAUAGGUGUGUGAUGCAUAGGGCGGGAGGAGGGAGUUUUGAGGGCGCGUGGAAGAGGGAUAUGAGGAGGACGACGGUGCAUGAUGAUAGUAGUACGGCUUGGGGGGAGAAUGAUAGAGGUGAUGUGAAGGUGGGGUUUGAUAUGACAUCUUGA